AGUUUCAUAACAUCUCUCCUUCAAGCUCCUUUGGUCACCGUUGUUGCCAACGUGGGAAGGAAAGUAUGCGAAGGGCUGACGCAGAGCCCAAAUCCUUUACAUGGUUGCUUCAGCAGCUGGCACAUGUUGGUGAAGCCCAAGAGAGGGAAAUCGUGAAACUGAGGAGCAAGCUUCGCCACCUGUCACAGACCACCUCAGGAAUUGAGGAAGUUGGGACAUCGGACGUGAAGGAUGACGGAUCAGAAAGAGGCAGCAACGAAGAGGAGAUCCCAAAGGAGCGAAUCAAUCAAGAGGUGCUUGAGAAGGAGCCAAGGAAGGUCCGGCUGCCCAGCAGCAGAAAACAUGCCCAUGUGAGUUCCCUUAGCUUGCGUGACAUGUGGCUGAGCUCAUCGCAGAGGCCAACGCGAAUGGUGGAAGAAAUGAGAGAGGAGACCAUGAGGGUGGCUCACAAACACCAUGCGUCUCAGUACUUUCUGGAGGAAAACGCCCUGGAAAAGCAGACCCGUGGCUUCAUUUUGCGGCCAAAUGAUCCACUCCGUGUCGCGUGGGACCUCAUUGGUAUGUUGCUCCUGUUCUACGACAUUUGCACGAUCCCCCUGGCUGCUUUUGAUCCAGACCCUCAUUGGUUCACGACCACGAUGGAUUGGACAACACAGAUUUUCUGGACAUUGGAUAUUUUGAUGUCACUUAUCACGGGCUAUGUCAGUGAAGGCGCUAUUGUCACGAGCCCGUGGAGAAUCUUCAAGAACUACAUGAGAACAUGGUUUAUCCUGGAUUUGGCAGUUUGCGGCCCGGACUGGGUGUCUACGUUUGUGGAGAUCUACAGCACGGAUUUCACGUCAGAUCCUGGUGGCGUCAACCGCCUUUUGCGCUCUUUGCGAGUGGUUCGCACUGUUCGCCUCCUUCGACUCGUCAAGCUCAAGCGGAUAUUGGCGACGAUCAAGGACCGAAUUACAUCUGAGGCCGUGUUCAUCCUGCUCAACAUUUGCAAAUUGAUUCUUUUGCUCCUCCUCGUGAAUCACUUCAUCGCUGCAACCUGGUACCUGGUGGGCACAGUCUUUGAAGAAACCCAUAACUGGGUGGACGAAUACAAGAUGCGAAAAGACCAAGCAGGCCUUGGCUAUCGUUACAGCACAAGUUUGCAUUGGUCUCUCACACAGUUCACUCCGGCCUCUAUGGAUGUGCACCCUCAAAAUGUUUGGGAGCGCUACUUCGCCAUCAUGGUCUUGAUUGCGGGCCUGGUUCUGUUCUCCUCAUUCAUCAGCUCCAUCACUGGGUCAAUGUCGCAGCUGCGCAACAUGAAAGCCGACAAGUCCAAGCAGUUUUGGCUGCUUCGCCGGUACUUGAAGCAGCAGAAGGUGCCAAGGGACCUGUGCUUCAGAGUGAUGCGCUACAUUGAGUAUGCGUUGAAGACAGUGGACGAGCGCGUUCCAGAAGAGAGAAUUACAAUCUUGACCAGCUUGACAGACCAGCUGAGGAACGAGCUCAAGUUCUUCACGCAUUUCAGGUGCCUCGUGGCUCAUCCCAUGUUUUGCUACAUCCGAAAAAUGAGCGAGGCUAUUUUGAAUCGCAUGAGCGGACGGGUGCUUCACACCAAAGAGCUGGCAGCGGCAGAUCCUCUUUUCAGCCUGGUGGACGCCGCAUCGGAGAUGUUCUUCAUUCAACAGGGCAACAUCCACUAUGGCCUUGUUCCAGAUCGUUCCAGGAAUGAAUUUUCUUCAGAUUGGGAGACCGCUUCGGUUGAUUCACUUCAUUCCUUCCAUUCCAUUCCUAUCACAGACGCAUCCACCGUUUUGGAGCAGGACGACUACCUGUGUGAAGUUGCUAUUUGGUGCAACUGGGCCCAUGUGGGCGUGGCACAGGUGGGUGUAGCACUGUGUGGCGAACAUGCGGAGGCAAUGGAUGAAACGACCGUGAUUGGCAUUGACGUGAAGAGCUUCUGCGAUUUGACCCUCAAGGAUGCAGACCUUUCCGAGAUUGCAACCCUCUAUUCACGAAGGUUCGUUGAAAAGAUGAGUGAAGAUCCCACAUGGGUCGAGGUGAGCCAUGAGGACGCCAAGAGGCUCACGAGCCAAUUCUUUUUGGGACGAGAGCCGUGAGACAUCUCCAACAGGUACAAAAGCUUUUAUUGCAACUGUUGUUUGGUGUCUUGCCCCGAAAGUGUACAGAAUGACUCAUGUAGGCCCUGUAGGCAUAUCUUCCGGCAUGACAGAAUUUCAGUAUCGCCUUGGCACUAGAAAGUGCCCACGGCUUUUCCUUCGACCUUGACCUGUGGGCUGCAUGUGGCGGUUUGUGAAAAAGGCCCUUUUGUAGCAGCUUGUGCAGAUGAACGUAAGUUCAAGAGCCAGCAGAACACCGGCCUUAUGGCCCCAAGGGCCACGUCGGCAUAUCACCUUGCAUUGCUGCAAGUAGCCGUGAGCUGAUUUGCGUAGGCAAAGCCUCGAUCCAUAUCAGGUGGCUACUAGCUGUCCCUGCGUGUGCGCGCACCAAAUACAGAAAAGCGGAUCACAUGUUUGCAUGUGGCCUUGAACGGGGCAUUUCAGAUCUUAACGAGGGAAGUGAUUGAACUAGC